UAACGAUAUCCUGAAACCAUCACAGGUGUAGCCGUCGAUUGAGCCAGAGCCAAACCUACACAUGAACCCUCGUGUUAAUGUAAUUGUUUUGGCUUCAUGGGCGUAUCAGUGAUAGUGAGAGGGGGUUUGUGAAAGCCUUGUUACAUCAGUGUGUGUGUGUUCACAUUGGACACUAGACACAACAAGAGCCAGAAGUAUCUUGUUAGUCAACUAGAUCAUGUGCCUCACACAAUGUCAGGAGACUAAAAGUCCUCGUUCAGAUGCACAAGCCGAAAUGGGCCAAAUUUAGGCUUUGAGUGUGCUGCGGAGUACAGAUAAAGGACUCACGCCCACGUUAGUUCGACCUUGAGACACACAUCUCAGAUAAGUGAGGCAGCAGGGCAAACUGUCAGAAAAAUACACCCGCAUUCUGGUCAGUCAAUCCCAGCUGCGAAGAUGGGUGUGUGUGUGUCUCUCCCUGAACCAGUCAUGGCUGACCAGCUGCCUCCACAGCAAGGGGACCCGCUGCUGAACAAGCUCCCCCAAGGGAACCUCCUCAGUGGGAAAGAAGCCACCAAAAAGGGUCUGUAUGCCAGAGGCCAGUGGGCUAGUAAGACUGAGUUUCUCUUGGCCGUGGCGGGGCAGAUCAUUGGCCUGGGAAACGUCUGGAGGUUCCCUUACCUCUGCUACAAGAAUGGAGGAGGUGUGUUCUUUAUACCUUACCUGUUGUUUCUGGUGCUGUGCGGCAUCCCCCUCUUCCUCCUGGAGACCUCGCUGGGACAGUACACCAGCCUGGGAGGUGUCAGUGCCUGGAGGACUAUCUGCCCACUAUUUGGAGGUCUUGGUUAUGCCAGCCAGAUGAUGAUCCUGCAUGGUUGCGUGUACUACAUCGUCAUCCUGGCCUGGGCUCUCUUCUACCUGUGCAACAGCUUCCAGACAGAGCUGCCCUGGUCGCACUGUAACAACACGUGGAACACUGAGGCGUGUGUCUUGUUUGAGCACCACAACCAGACAGCCAACGCGAGCAGCCUGCCUGAGAACACCUCUUCCCCCGUCAUCGAGUUUUGGGAGCGGGAGGUGCUCCGCCUGUCCAGCAAUUUAGACGAGCUGGGUCCAAUCAGCUGGAAGCUGGCUCUGUGUCUGGCAGUCGUCUGGCUCGUCUGUUACUUCUGUGUCUGGAAGGGAGUCAAGUCCACUGGAAAGGUGGUGUACCUGACAGCCACCUUCCCAUAUGUCAUGCUGUUUGUGCUGCUGGUGCGUGGUGCCACUCUGCCUGGAGCGACCCAGGGCAUCAUCUACUACCUCAAACCCAACGCCACCCGACUGGCAGACCCACAGGUAUGGAUGGAUGCAGGUACCCAGAUAUUUUUCUCUUAUGGAAUCUGCCUGGGAAGUCUCACAGCCCUGGGCAGUUACAACAAAUACAACAACGACUGCUAUAAGGACUCUUUCCUACUGUGUCUCCUGAACAGCAGCACCAGUUUCCUGGCAGGUUUUGCCAUCUUCUCGGUGCUGGGCUUCAUGGCUGAGGAGCAGGGCGUGGACAUAAGCACCGUGGCCCAGUCAGGGCCUGGCCUUGCCUUCAUCGCCUUCCCCAGAGCUGUAGCCAUGAUGCCUCUACCCCAACUCUGGGCCGUCUGCUUCUUCCUCAUGAUCAUCAUGCUGGGGCUGGACACACAGUUUGUGAGUCUGGAGGCCCUGAUGACGUCGGUAACUGACCUGUACCCUCAUUUGAUCAGACGGGGUCACCGGCGAGAGCUGCUGCUGCUGUUUGUCUGCGUCGUCUGCUACCUGAUAGGACUGGUCAUGGUCACGCCGGGAGGUCUGUAUGUGUUCCAGAUCUAUGACCAUUUCUCCUGCAGUGGAGCCAGCCUGCUGCUCCUCUCCAUCGUCCAGUCUCUGGCCAUUGGCUGGGUCUACGGAGCCGACCGCUUCAGUGCCAACAUCAGGGAUAUGACCGGCUACAGCCCCUUGCCUGUCUUCAAGCUGUGCUGGAAAUACCUGACCCCAGCUGUGUGCACUGCUACCUUUGUGUUUUCCCUGGUGCGUUGGUCUCCGUUGAACCUGGGGAAAGGCCUGGUCGCUCCAGUCUGGGCCACCACGCUGGGCUGGCUCCUUACCUUGUCGUCCGUCUCCCUACUUCCCAUCUGGGCCAUUUAUGCCCUGGUCACCACCCCGGGAUCCCUGCCACAGCGCUUUCUGCUUCUGCGCUGCCCUGCCAAAACCUCGGUGCUCCCCCACAGCCCUGCACUGCCUCUCACUGUGAAACCAAAGGAGCCAUCACUGAAAUAACCCAGCAUCAUGUGAUCUGAUGAUAGUGAGCGACAAUGUAACACUGGAUGAUGCUCAGCCCAUCAGGUGUGGCAAAAGGGAAAAUGGUAGAAAAAAGCUAGGAAUAAACCCCACUUAAAAUCUCCACUCAAGGACAACUUAUUCUGUGGCUUUCAGCCAUAUCUUAUGGUCUUCAUCAGCAGAUGGAGUUUACUCGGUUUUCAUGGAUCUAUAGAUGUUCAAAUAGUCCAAUAUUCUAAGCACCUCUAGGACUUCUUUUCCAUUUAGGCUUAAAAGUUUCGGGAAGCUCCAGAACAAGCGAAAUCGUUUUAGUUUGGUUUUAGUUUUGUUUAUAUGCAUAUAUUUAUAAUUCAAACAGUACAUCUUCUCGGACACACUGUUAGUUUUGCUCUCUGUGAGGUUGGAUCGUCCCACUUGGGUAGGAGGUGUGGGCUCAGUCUCCUUCAGAGGCUCUAGCCCUGAACUGGGACACAGCUUGCUUUAUCUCUAAGACCUGCCUCACCCCCUGUUACUAGCUACUAGAGUUGGUUAUUGUAAAACAGCACACACUCCUUUUAUCUCAAGAAUUUUAUCUGCUUAAAAUCUCCAGCUUCUUUUUUUUUUAAUUUACCAGUUUAAUCAGUGUAUUUCAUCACAGCCCCUUUAGCCAUCCAAGGCCCAAGACACAGCUAAAUAGUAAAUUAGCCUGUGCCUGUAUUCUCUGAGAGAUCACCAACCGAGUUAGCAUGUGUGCUAAGCUUAGAUUCUCCGCUUAAUAUUCCUGUCUUGUUGCGUUUGAGAGCAGGUAUUAUUCGAAAUGACUCUGAGUCAGACAUGUUUUAUACAGUGAUUUGUCAGGACGUUUUGGAUGUGCUUCACCCUCUGUGAUCACCAUAUCACAGAGUUUGAAUGGUUCACUCUACGCCUUACAGCCAGAACAAGUGGUGCUAAUUCAAGAGUUACAUUAACCAAAUGCCACUUUUUACUGCCACUAUAUCGAGUGCUCCACUUGAUAUCAUUGUUAACUCCUUAUCACUGAUAAAAGGAAAUGUGCAGUAACUGUUUACAUCCACUGCACAUACUAUAUUUGUCUUUGUAAAAAGGGGGAAGCAAAGUUGUUUGUGUCUAUUGUACGCUGCUGUCGUUUUAGGUACAGUUCCUGCAAAAGUAAAAGGCAUUAUUAGCACGUUUUUGCACUAUUACAAAAAUUACUAUCAUUUAUCAGGCUGAGAAACAUGCAAUCAUAGUAUCUGAAUCAGCAUAUAUUAACUCAUUAUUACAAAAAUGCUGCUGACUAACUGUAUUUAAACUGCAAAAUAACUCAUGCAAUUCCCGUGUGAUUCUCUUUGUAGAGUGUAAAAAUUACAUCUAUGCAGUGAAGAGAUGGUUAUAUUUUUUUAAAAGAAUGUACAGUAUGUGAAAAAUAAUGGAGAAAUAUGUUAUGAAAGAAAAUAAGACAAAUGUUUUUAAUAAUUAUAGAAAUGUGUAAAAUUCACAAUGUUUCUUACAUAUAUCACUUCCAGUUCUGGCAAUACACACUGCUACAUUUACUUUUACUUUCUUGCUUUUUUCAUCACCAUGAUGUCUCUCCAGUGUCUCAAUGGGGGAAAUCACCAUUGACUUACUGUACUUGUAAGUCUUGGACAGCAUGUACUCUUCACUGGGAAAACUUAGGGACGAGGAAUAUUUCUUGAGCGGGUGUGAUGUGUUUAAUAAGUUUGAAGAUAAACGAGUCAAAGUCCUUCGUUUAAAACUUGAAAGUGCUGUUUUUCAGACCUGCAUCAAAGUUUUUUAUUUUUAUUUUUUUUUUUUUUAUUUUUUAAACCCUUUCAAACACUCCUCUGACAUUAAUUUAACGAAACACAAGGUGCUAAACCCAUCUGGUGUCUUUUGAAAGGCUUUCAUUUACUUCAAAUUGAUUCAAGUGUGUUAUCAUCUCUGUUUACAGGUGUAUUCAUGUACCUCCAUAAUUUGAAAACGGGCAACUUUCCUUUUGUAUAUGUAUCAUUUGUCUCUUUUCUAAAUGAAUGUAUAUACAUUAUGGAUAAAAGUUUGCGUUGACUGUGUUAAUUUCUUGCAGAAAGAAGUUGUGUCUGUGUGUGUGUGUGUGUGUGUGCGUGUGUGUGUUUUCCCUAUAACAGACCUGUGGUCGAGGAUGGCUGUCACUCAGGAGACAAUGCUCUCUCCCCUGGCACCAUGGUAACAGAUGCUGAGAACAUACCUGGUAUCUACCAAGAGGGAGAGAGAGAGUGAACGAAGGAGAGAAAAGAGAGAUGGAGGAAAGACACACGCACACUCCAUCAGCCAUUCAACCGUCACAGGAACAAGCGCUGUGAUUGCUGUUCCCCUCAUCUGAAGCAUUUUCAUCCUGGUGGGAAUUACGGGUUUAACAUCCAUGAAGGGAUAGAAGAAAAGGAUGGGGGGAAGAGAGAGAGCAAGGGAAGGAUGG